AGCAGGGCAUCGAGCUCAGUGCCCUCCUGGAGAAAGUAAAAGCGCACAUGCUGUAUUUUUUGUUCUUAUUGCGCACAUACAAACACCAUGGAGAUUUCUGGACUGUGGAUUUUUUUCAAUGUGCGAAUUUUUCUUCUUUGGCAACUCUGUGUAUGUGUAAACGCAUUUAAUUUGGACACAAUAAACGUGUUGAGGAAGAACGGGGACCGCGGUAGCCUUUUUGGUUUUUCUCUUGCAUUGCACCGGCAGCUGCAACCAGUGGAUAAGAGAAUACUUCUGAUUGGAGCUCCCAGGGCUAAAGCUUUAUCCAAUCAAGGAGCAAACAUCACAGGGGGUUUGUACCACUGCGACAUCACCACUUAUACAGAUGACUGUAAUCGGAUUGAAUUCGACAAUGAUGCUGAUAUGCGUGUGGAGAGUAAAGAGAAUCAGUGGAUGGGGGUAACUGUGCAGAGUCAGGGCCCAGGGGGAAAGAUUGUGACCUGCGCUCACCGGUACCAGCGACGGCUGUUUGUGAACACACCACAAGAAUCACGGGAUAUUACUGGCCGCUGCUACGUACUCAGUCAGGAUUUCAGUAUUGAUGGCCAGUCAGAUGAAGAUGGUGGCAACUGGAAAUUCUGUGAAGGGCGUGCCAGGGGUCAUGAAAGGUUUGGUGCCUGUCAGCAAGGUCUGGCGGCAACUUUCACCAAAGACUACCAUUACCUCAUCUUUGGAGCCCCAGGAGCUUACAAUUGGAAAGGAAUAGUGCGAGUAGAGCAAAAAAACAACACUCUCCUGGAAAUGGGCUUUUAUGAUGACGGCCCAUAUGAGGUUGGGGACGAAAGCCGUUUAAAUCCAGAACUGGUGCCUGUACCUGCUAACAGUUACUUAGGUUUUUCUCUGGAUUCUGGCCAUAGCAUUACUGAGAAGGGCACACUAAUUGUUGUGUCUGGGGCUCCGAGAGCCAAUCACAGUGGAGCAGUGGUGCUGCUGAGGAAAGAGGGUGAGGUGUCUACCAUGCUAUCAGCUGAGUAUGUGCUAGAAGGACCUGGACUUGCCUCUUCAUUUGGAUACGACGUUGCAGUUGUGGAUCUCAAUGGAGAUGGAUGGCAAGACAUUGUAGUGGGAGCUCCUCAGUUCUUCCAGAGAGAUGGUGAGGUGGGGGGAGCAGUGUAUGUCUACAUUAACAAGGCUGGAAAGUGGAGCGACAUCAUUCCUACCCGCCUCAAUGGAACUAAAGACUCAAUGUUUGGACUGGCGGUGGAGAAUAUUGGAGACGUCAAUCUGGAUUCCUAUGAAGAUAUUGCAGUCGGUGCUCCUUAUGCAGAUGCAGGCUCUGGUAGAGUGUACAUCUAUCAUGGAUCAGCUUAUGGCAUUAACACCAAACCAGCUCAGAUUCUGGAAGGUAAACCUCAUGGCAUAAAAAUGUUUGGCUAUUCAUUGGCUGGCAAAAUGGACUUGGAUGAUAACUCCUACCCAGAUUUAGCCAUUGGAUCGCUGUCCGAUGCUGUGUUUGUGUACAGGGCCAGACCUGUCAUCAGCAUAAAGAAGGAAAUCAAGAUUACACCCAAGGAAAUUGACCUGACAAAGAAAACAUGUGAAAACAAUAUUUGCUUGAUUGUUGAAGUCUGCUUUACCUAUAAAGCAAAUCCUGUUACUUUCAACCCCAAACUGACCAUUUCCUACAUGCUCGAGACAGAGUCACAGCGCAGAAAGCAGGGGUUGCACUCUAGAGUGUCUUUCUUGAAUAAGAAGCCAAAUAAUCAAGACUUCCAGUAUACAGGCACAUUGGAUCUGAGAGGGCAGAAAAAAUCUUGUCACAAAGUCAAACUUCAACUGCAGGAGAACAUCAAAGAUAAGCUAAGAGCGAUCCCCAUCGAGAUGUCCUGCGGCAUUGAGAGUGCUAAGAGGGGGAAAGGUCUGACCUCACUUCCUGAACUUGUGCCUGUGCUCGACUCAAAGAUACAAACCAAGACCAUCACUGAGGUGAAUUUUCUGAAAGAGGGGUGUGGUUCUGACAACAUAUGUCAGAGUAACCUGCAGCUUCAAUACAGAUUCUGCUACAGAGAAGCUAACCAGGACAUAUUUCCUCCAUUACCAAUGAAGAAUGAUAUUGCAGUGGUCUCUCUGAGUGACCAAAAGGACAUUGCUCUGGAGGUUACAGUGAAAAAUAGGAACGGAGAUGAUGCUCAUGAAGCCAAACUAAUUGCAUGGUUUGGUGACUCGCUUUCAUAUUCUGGAUUCAGAUCUCAGAAAACUACAGACAAGCAUGUGAUCUGUGCAGCCAAUCAGAAUGGUUCACAAGUAGACUGUGAACUGGGGAACCCAUUCAAAAGAGAUUCUGAGGUUACUUUUUACAUUAUCCUGAGCACUGCCAGAAUCUCUCUCCAAACCACUGAGGUCGAGGUGGAUCUCCAGCUAGAGACAACAAGUAUGCAGGGGGCUUUAGAGAAAGUAAGGGCUAAAGCUAAAGUUGUGAUUGAACUGCUGCUAUCAGUGCAAGGGGUUGCCAAGCCCCCACAGGUGUAUUUUGGAGGACAUGUCAGAGGAGAAAGUGCCAUAAAAUCUGAGGAGGAAGUUGGCAGUUUGAUUGAAUAUGAAUUUAGGGUAAUGAAUUUAGGUAAGCCACUGAAAUCGUAUGGCACAGCCUUCAUCAAUAUCCAGUGGCCGAAAGAAAGUGCUGUGGGAAAAUGGCUCCUAUACCUGGUGAAGAUCACCUCAAAAGGGCUGGAGCAGAUCACCUGCUCACCAGAGAAAGAGAUCAAUCAAAAUGGCCUGACUGAGGUAUCCACAUUUUCCAGAAGGAAGCGUGAGGCAGAGUCAAGCUGGACCUCUGAAGGGAGCAAAAUAUCUUUCUCAGAUAAAAGAAAACAUAAAACUCUGUCAUGUGCUGGGGAUGUGAAAUGUGUGGACAUCAAGUGCCCUCUACAGGGAUUGGACAGUAGUGCGCACAUUGUACUGAAGUCUCGUCUUUGGAACACGACUUUCCUUGAAGAUUAUGCCUCAUAUAAUUAUCUCGACUUGAUAGUGAAAGCCUCAAUCAGUCUUGACGUUUCUGCUAAGAACAUUGUCCUGAAGAACCCUGAGACACAGGUGAGAUUGACCAUCUUCCCAGAGAAAACAGUGGCUCACUAUGGUGGAGUGCCAUGGUGGAUAAUUCUAGUUGCCGUUCUAGUGGGAAUACUAAUGCUUUCUUUGCUAGUGCUUCUACUCUGGAAGUGUGGAUUUUUCAAACGUUCCAAGUAUGAUGACAGCAUUCCUAAGUACCAUGCUGUGAGGAUCCGUAAGGAGACGCGCCACUUUACUGAUGAAAGCAUCAUGUUCGAUCCGUUUGAGAAGAAGCACUGGAUGACUGUAUGGAGUGAGAAUGAAAGUUACUCCUGAGACUUUGGCCUCAUGAAUGCAAGAGACUAUAGGACCUUUAAGAGUCCACUAAAUAUAAUGGAGCCUUGAUUCAGGACUUUGCACAGUCUGUGUUGGUACAAUGAAGAAACACAAAGCAAAAGACUCUUUACAUGCACUGGUUUGUAACACAUCAAUGGUGUCAAGUCUUAAAAAUAGUGUAAUAAAGGGAUAUUUUUUUUUAUGUUUGCAUACAGAAUUAGGGAACGGCAUUUAAAAAAAAUACCUAUUUGUAAAUUCUGGAUGAUUACUGGACUACUGUAACUGAUUUAAAUCUGUAAAUAUUUGACCUGUACUUGCAAAGUGCA